GCUGUUGGGCGCGCGCAGCCACGCCCCGGGGCAGCUGUUUACCCGGGCUCCGGCGGCGGCGGGAGAGGCGCUGGCUGCGGGUCCAGCGUAGGGGCCGGGCCAUGAAGGCGGAGAUCUCCACGGCCGCGGGCUUCAUCACCCGCCUGCUGCGCAGCCCCGGAGGCAUCGGCGACGAGCAGCUGCGCUGCUUCGGGGACUGCCUACAGGAGGCGCUGCGAGACCAUUACAGGCACCACUGGUUCCCCCAGAUGCCCUCCAAAGGCUCCGGGUACCGCUGCAUUAGGAUCAACCACAAGAUGGACCCACUGAUAGGCAAGGCGGCAGGUAGGAUUGGACUCAGCCACCAGAGACUCUUCCAGCUCUUACCCAGUGAAUUAACACUUUGGGUGGAUCCCUUUGAGGUGUCCUACCGAAUAGGUGAAGAUGGGUCCAUCUGUGUCCUCUAUGAAAGCCCCCCACCUGGCAUGAAGUCGGCCAGAGCACUGGAGUGCCGGAGCCGCUGUAAAGAGUGGAGAAUUGGCAGAUCCAGCCCUUCCAAGAAUUACAACAUAAUGACUGUUUCUAGUUAAAAAUUAACCUUCCGGGUACAAUGAUGUAUGUAUGUAUUCCACUUUCAUAAUGGAGUUAGAUGAUGUAAUUGAGUGGUUGAUUUUCACUCCCUAGCCAUUAAAGUUGUAGUAGUACUGCCAAGUUCUUUGUGGCCCGGGGCUAAUGUCAUAAAGCAGGUUUUUAAACUGCACAUAACUUUUUGAAUUGUAAACUGUAAAUGAAAUGUACAGUCAGCUGAUUGUUUUACAAAUUUAUAUUAAACCUUCUUGGCUGUUUGUAAUAAAGAAAUACCAUGGCACUCUUUACAAUGGGUAUUAGUUUAAAAUAGCAUCCCCAGAUGCCUGUAUGUACUGAGCAAUAACUUCAGCAAGUUAAAAAAAAAAAAAGCACAGCUCUAAUUAACUGCAAGUAUAAACCUCUACAGUGACUUGCCUGUACACACUUUUUCUCAGGGUCAUAUAAAUACAGCUGCAAGGCACAGGUGACUAUGGCUUUUUAACUACACAUUUAUUUCAGUACCAAGUUCCAAUACAUCCAAGCAGCUUUCAAGAAAAGAACUGGGGAAAUGGGUUCCUUGUAACUGUAAACACUUCCUUGACAUAAAAUAAAGAAUUGGACGAAGAA